AUGAUCGACCUGACAUCCGAGCAAAAGGCCACCGAUAUUGCCCUCGAGCAUGUACUCCUGCCCAGCGUCGAGUCUUUACUCACUGCUUGCUUCAUCUCGAUCUUUCUGGGAGGCCUCAACCUGACACAGAUGAUCAAGUACUUCUCCAGCUCGCAUUUCGACGCCCUUUGGCUCAAGCUCAUGGUCACUGUCUUGGCGAGUCUGAACACCCUCGACACUAUCUUUGUGCUGAUGACACUCGAUCAAUGGCUCGUCUUGAGUAAUGGCCACAUCGAAUCAGUCGAUACUUUUGGCUGGGCAUUUUCGCUCCAUGCAGCCCUUUUGGCUGCCGUCGCCUUUAUCGUCCAGGGGUUCUACGCCUGGCGAGUAUACGUGCUUUCUCGGAGAUCGCUUUGCUCGCCAGCCUGUAUCGUCUUGCUCGCCCUCGGCGGCGUUGUGGCCGGUGUGCUCUCGUUUGCUCUCACUCAUUCAAAAAUCUCAGGUCUCGUCGGUGCCAGUCACGACGAGGCGGCCAUCGAAAUAUUCAAGCAGCUCUUGCGGUUAUCCCUCGAAACGAACCUACUUACCUUCGUCAUCGCCUUUGCAGCAGGCGUAUUGUUCAUGUCCGCUCCCGCCUACGUCUAUCUGCCGCUUCCCUUUGUCAUGGGUCGCACGUACGAGCUCACUGUGCUCUAUUCCGUCAAUUCGCGGAUCAAGACAGCGCGCCCGUGUACGCUAGCUGAUGACGCUGAGCUCGAGCCGCCACUGGAGCCAGAGCCUUCAAAAGAUUAUAUACAGCUUCACCCGCGUCUCGCAGACCACGUUCGCGAACGGCUUGCCCAGGAGGGUUUUGACAGUAGGAAUGUAGAUGCCCACGAGGCCGCCACGGUAGGCCAGGCGUAUGGCUACUAG